AUAAAUGUGUAUACAAAAUGAGGGACACGGCUCAGCUUGACUGUUAGUUCGGCCGGAGCAGUUAAAGUGACAGAUACGUGCGAACUGUGGAGACGGAUAAAAAAAAAUUGCAUAGAGAGUGUCAAAGUGAUAUUUUUACAGCGUGAGCGCACAAAAAAAACUACCAACAAGGAAUAGAGUUUCACUACACAACAACAAAAUACCAGCGAAAUACCGGCGAAAAAAUAAAUAAAAAUUUUCGCAAAUAAAACUUUACGAAAAAAAAAAUUGGAAUUUUAUUCAGCGCUUAGGAAAUGGAGAACGCCAGCCGCAAAAACUAAAAAAAAAAAAUUAAAAAAUAAAAUAACAAAAAUUGCACAAAAUACCAAUACGUGCCGCGGCUAUUGUAAUUCAACAAAUUCAGCAAUUUGACGCGUCGUCUCGCGUCGCUGCAUAGUUUACAUUGUGCGCUGCAGGCGGGCCAAGCGCCAGCGGAAAGAGGAUUGCUUUGUUGCUGCAACUGGAAAGUUUAGUUGAAAUUGUAAACGCUCGCAAACGUGACGGUGAAAAUUGUGUUGCGGCGUAUACAAGUGUACAAGUGAUUAAUAGAGAAUAUCCUGUGGAAGGCAGAAAACGAAAACUUCUUUUUAUUUUUAGAAAAGAAAUCACAACAAUUCUCCGGCAAAAACACUGCAGACACGCCAUCAGAUACCAUGAGACUUGCAUUUAUUAUUUGACAAAAGUUUCAAUAUUGGCAGCGAAAUUUCCAUAUACGUAAAAUACAACCGUUAAAGAUGACCACACAGUACAAUAACAAUUUCGAGCUACGUUUAACCGAUGACGAGGUUACAGAAGGUGCCUUACAAGUAUGGCGUGCAUUGCCCGAACGCAUACGUCAGGAUCCCAGUUUAGCAUCGUUUCGCAUGGAACAUGAACGUCUGCAUGGUGAUUUGGAUCCAUUGCCUUCGCCGGAUGUGCCCGAACACUAUGUUAAGACGCCGAAUGCUUUCACUAAGGUUGGCAUCAAUGUGACCAAUGAGUUGGGACAAGUGCGCAUCCUGGAAGUUAGGGAUAUGGAAAACAAUAAUGAAGAUCACCAUGACGAACACGAUGAGCCACGGUCGCGUAGGAGGAAAAUCCUUAAAUGGUUCAAAAUUUCAAUACUCUUGGUUGUGUGGGCUGUAUUUACUGCAUUCCUGAUGUCGAAUAACGAACACGUCGAUGAAUUGAGACUGAUCAGUGUUCCUAGAAGUGGCGAAGAGAAAUUGUUUCCCGCCACAACCGCCACUUUAUCACGUCUCGGUCUCAAAUUAAAAGGUCCUUUUCGCCAACAAGAAGCCGAUCCGUUGGGUAAAAAUAAUAACACCUUUGCCGCACCACCAACGCUACAUGUACAAGUGCAACGCAAAUACUACAAUGCCAGCGGUGAUGAGUUCUACGUGGAGGACGCCUCCAAAGUAUGGAAACUUGCCAUUGUCUAUCCAGAACAAUUGGAUACGACAAAGGAGUCGUGGAAGGCAAACAAUUAUGACAUAUCGCCAGUUGAUGAAGAGCUCUUGCUCCAAGCCAAUUAUACUACAUUAAAUUUACGUUUUAUCGCCAACAUCGAGUCGGAGUUCCCACUACAGUUGUCUAUCGAUGAGUCGCCCAUUUACAAGAAGGAGGGUGUCAUUUAUGCCGCGAUAGUGCUGUGUGGCUUGUAUAUAAUGAUUAUUUGGGAAAUUGUCAAUCGUACCUUUGCGGCAAUGAUUGCCUCGACACUGUCGGUUGGUAUACUCGCCGCGCUGAACUCACGGCCCUCGAUGGCGACCAUAAUGGGUUGGAUUGAUGUGGAAACUCUGCUGUUGUUGUUCGGUAUGAUGAUACUGGUGGCUAUACUCUCAGAGACUGGCAUUUUCGAUUACUUGGCUGUGUAUGCUUAUAAGAUAACUAACGGUCAUGUUUGGCCACUCAUCAAUUGUCUGUGUCUAUUCACGGCGAUACUCUCCUCAUUUUUGGACAACGUGACAACCGUGUUGCUGAUGACGCCCGUCACUAUACGCCUCUGUGAGGUUAUGUCGCUGAAUCCGGUGCCUAUACUCAUGUGCAUGGUGAUCUAUUCGAAUAUUGGUGGCGCUCUAACGCCUGUGGGUGAUCCACCAAAUGUGAUAAUUGCUUCGAAUAAUUUCAUUUCAAGAAAUGGUGUCAAUUUUGCCAUCUUCACGCUGCACAUGCUGCCCGGCGUAAUAUUGGUUAUGCUGCAAACCUAUGUGCAGUUACGUUUUAAAUUCCGUAAUACAAACGAUCUACAGUUCAAAGACUCACCCGAAGUGGAGGAGUUGCGUCACGAAAUACACGUGUGGAAACGUGCCGCACAAAGUCUUUCCGCCUACUCGAAGGAUGAGGAAAUUGUGCGUCAAACGCUGAUGAAAAAGGUGAAUCGCUUGAAGCGCAGUCUGAAGAAACGCGUCUCAGAGGCGGUAGAGCCAGCGCCAAACUAUAAUCAAACACUGACGCAGCUGCAAGCGAAGUACCCGAUACGCAACAAGUCACUGCUGAUCAAAUGCUCCUUCGCUCUGGUCUUUGUCAUCAGUUUAUUUUUCCUACACUCAGUGCCAGAGCUGCAACGUCUCUCCCUAGGUUGGACUGCACUUUUGGGUGCGAUAUUCCUACUGAUUUUGGCUGAUAUUGAGGAUAUGGAAGCGAUAUUGGCACGUGUCGAAUGGUCAACAUUGCUCUUCUUUGCCGCACUCUUUAUUCUUAUGGAAGCGCUUUCGGAACUCGGUCUGAUCGAAUGGAUUGGCCAGAUGACGGAGAGCAUCAUUUUGGGUGUGAGUGAAGGUUCGCGUCUCAUGGUGGCUGUUUUAAUUAUACUUUGGGUUUCGGCCAUAACCUCUGCAUUUGUUGAUAAUAUUCCACUGACCACAAUGAUGGUAAAGAUCACGAUAUCCUUGGCGGAAAACUCUGCAUUGAAUUUACCACUACAACCGCUAGUGUGGGCUUUGGCUUUGGGAGCUUGCUUGGGUGGUAAUGGCACUCUAAUUGGCGCUUCGGCAAAUGUGGUUUGCGCCGGCGUUGCCGAGCAGCAUGGCUACAAAUUCACUUUUCUCGAAUUCUUCAAGGUCGGUUUUCCAGUUAUGAUCGGCAGCAUUGUCGUAUCCACCGCAUAUCUACUCUUCGUACAUGUGCUCUUUGCUUGGCACUGAGUUGGGUGAGCGCGCAGGAGAGCAGACAUUGGUUGUAGUAUAUACAUAUAUACUAAAAAAAUAUAUAUAUAUAAUAUAUAUAAAUAGGAAAGAAAUAUACAUAUUUGUAUAAGAAAAACAAAUACCUCGUGGAACUGGAAAGACAUUUAAAGGAAUUUACAACAAACGAAAUAAAAUACGAGCUUAGCUAACAAAAGUGAAAUAAAACAACAACAAAUGUGAGAAUUUGCGUUAAUUUCUUAUACAAUUUUGUUCUACGACUAUUGAAAUGCUUAACAUUGUAGAUAUAUGUAUGUAUGUAUAUUUCAGUGUUAGUUUAUGUUUAUAAAAAAAAUAAAAAUAAAAAAAAAA